AUGCGCACAUUGGGACUGCUGGCCGUCGCGCUGCACGCAUCCCUGCUCGCCCCGCUGCAGGCGCAGGGGCCCCACAAGACCGCCGCCAGAGACGGAGCGCACACGAGGUCCCUGCAGCGGUUCUCCCUGCUGGACCGAUCCUCGUCGUACCACCUGCCGACCUACAUGAUGCACCUCUACAGGAACUUCAGGGCGAACUUCUCCAGGCCUUUGGAUACUAUGGAGCGGGACGCGGCGCGCCAGGCGGACACGGUGAAGAGCGUGGUUGCCAAAGGUUUGGCAUACAGACACAGGCGCUGGAUUGCGACCUUUGACCUCUACGCCCUGCUGGCUGACAAACGGAUCCAGGCAGCGGAGCUGAGGAUCAGGCUUCCUCGGACACGGAGUGCUUCCAACAUCACCGUGGAGGUCUAUCACCAGCAGUGCCAUACGCACAAGAGCUGCCAGGAACAGCAGCUGGUGGGGCUGCUCACUGAAUCAUCGCUGGUCACCUCAUCGCUGAGCUGGAAAGUGUUCAACAUGACGACCCCUCUGUUGAGCUGGCUCCGGCAAAAAUCGACGGCGAGGAAUCGACACAAAAGAGUGUCAAGAAGGAGGAAAGUGGUAAAGACAAAGAGGGGCCUGUCGCUUCCUGAUCAGCCUGUCUAUGUGGCGAGAAGAGAGCAGGACGCGAGCGACCGGGCCUUGCUGGUCGUCUUCUCACACACCGGCUCUGACGAGAACUCCAAAGCCAGAGCGAGCUUACUCCACACAGCUGAACAAUCCAAGUUCUUGUCCCCCGCCGAAAUCAAAAAGGCCCGCUGGCCCAAGAAGCGCAGGAGCAAGCGGGGCCAGCGAGAACAAACAGUGAGAGGCCUGCAGGCGCCCAAGAGAGGGAGUGAAAAAUCUCUCUGCCGCAGAGUCGACCUGCAUGUGGACUUUAAUCAAAUUGGCUGGGGGUCCUGGAUCGUCUUUCCUAAAAGAUAUAAUGCCUACCGCUGUGAGGGUUCCUGCCCCGGUCCCCUGGGGGAAGACCUAAAUCCAACAAAUCACGCGUACAUGCAGAGUUUACUGAAACAUUACCACCCCGACCGAGUGGCGGCGCCCUGCUGCGCCCCGACCAAAAUGAGCCCGCUGAGCAUGCUGUACUAUGAGAGCGGGGAGAUGCUCCUCCGACAUCACGAGGACAUGAUCGUGGACGAGUGUGGCUGCCAGUGACGACGACGGCCGCCUCGAAGCCACCGUGACCCUGAAGCUUCUAAAAAAAAACAAACCAAAACACUUAGCCAGACGAGGAAAAAAAAAUAAAAAAGCUCUUCGAUAUUUGUCAGUGUGCACUGUGAGAUUGUAGCUGAUCCGUGUGCAGAGACGGGAUUGUAAUCCGUGAUGCGAGCUUUGGCUUUGUAAGGAGGACGUUGUCAUUUUUUUAAAAAGAUGUGCUGAAAUACAACGACAGCAUCCAGCCGAUUCCAGCUGUUUGCAGUUGUCACAUCGUCUGAUGUACGACUUUAUUUCCCCCCUUAUCGAUUUCAUCAAUGUGAACAUGAAGUGGCGAUGUUGUUAAAUAUUCCAGCACUGUUUUUUUUUAAUUGUACGCCGCCAUUUGUGUAACUGUGAAUUAAUGUAUAUUUAUUGUAAAUAUUAAAAAGAAUUGUAUUUAUGUGCAUUUUUA